GUCAUUCAUACCAUGAGAGUAAUUGACAAGGAUGAUCCCAAAAAUGGACACUAUUUUGUUUAUAACCUUCCAUCUGAAAUGGCCAACAACCCUAAUUUUACAAUUAAGGAAAAUGAAGAUAACACCUUCAACAUUUUGACCAAACGCAAUGGAUUCAGCCGGCAGAAACAAGAAGUCUAUUUUUUACCCAUCAUCAUCAGCGACAGUGGGAAUCCUCCAAUGAGUAGCACUAGUACUCUUACCAUUAAAGUCUGUGGCUGCAGCAAUGAUGGCAUUGCCCAGUCCUGCAAUGCGGAAGCUUAUGUUCUCCCAAUUGGUCUCAGCAUGGGAGCUUUAAUAGCAAUUCUGGCCUGCAUCAUUUUGCUUUUAGUCAUUGUGGUGCUUUUUGUAACGUUAAGGAGACAUAAGAAUGAGCCUCUGAUCAUCAAAGACGAUGAAGACGUGCGAGAAAACAUCAUCCGGUACGACGACGAAGGAGGUGGCGAAGAGGACACCGAAGCAUUCGACAUCGCGACACUGCAGAAUCCAGACGGAAUAAAUGGAUUUUUACCCCGUAAGGAUAUUAAACCUGAUCUUCAAUUUAUGCCCAGGCAGGGCCUGGCGCCAGUCCCUAAUGGAGUUGACGUUGAUGAAUUUAUCAACGUUAGACUCCACGAGGCUGAUAAUGACCCCACAGCUCCUCCUUAUGACUCAAUCCAGAUAUAUGGUUAUGAGGGAAGAGGAUCGGUGGCUGGUUCCUUAAGCUCUUUAGAGUCAUCAACUUCAGACUCAGAUCAAAAUUUUGACUACCUCAGCGAAUGGGGACCCCGCUUUAAAAGACUUGGGGAAUUAUAUUCAGUGGGGGAAAGUGACAAAGAAACUUGACAGUGGAUUACAAAUGCUCACCUUUUUUUCCCCCCAAGUCUUGACUUAAAACUCUCAUGUAAUAUUCUAGGGCCACCACAGUUCAUUAUGACUAAUGUGGCUUUUUGUUUAGGGGGCAACUUUAGCACCAGUCAUCUUUUAAAAUCAACUACAUUGUAAUGUUGAACCAAAAAAAGAAAAGUACAUAAAUCAAAAUAAUAAUAAUAAUAUAUGUUAGGAGGUCUGAGUCUCGUGGAGUGUGGCGUUAAGUAUGUAGAGUGUCUAGAAGUCUUUGGAUAUUCUAUAUUCACAUGACCACUCUGAAGAUGAGGUUUAGAGCGUUGAUCGUCUUUGGCAACGGGAACCAGUAAUGCAAUGGAGAAGGUCUUUCACUUCCUAAUGGACUUCUGUAGGACUUUUUUUGGGAGGGUAAAGAAGAUUAUCUUCUGAGAGUCCAUUAAGAACAAAGGGUUUAUCUCCCCACUACCCACCAAGAUUUCACAGGGGAAAAAGAAACAAAAAACAUAAAAAUUUAAAGCAAUAUCUGUCGUCUUUCCAAUGCUGAUUUUUCCCCCCCUUAAAGACAGGAUUGAUAAUAAUAAAAAACCCCUCUUGACCUCAACUGUGCAGUGACUCAAAGUUGUACAUAGGAUAAUUGUUGGCUGCAAAAAAACAAACAAACAAAAAACACCACCACAGACCGAACAAUAACAUCUUUCAAUAUUGUGUCAAGCCUUAAAAUAUUCACAUGUUCUUAAUCCAUUCCAGGGACAGGAUUCAAAAUCCACAGUUGUGGGGAGGAAAUCUGACAAUAUGGAUUGUUUUCUAGAAGGAUUGAUCCUUUUUUGACUUUCGUAAAGGAUAAAAAAAAAAGGAGAGGAAUCAGUGAAGGAGUUUGGACUCACAUAUAUGAAACUGAAGCUGGUUUUAUUGCUAAAGAAUGCAUUUAUUUGUUUAAUCCUUGAAAUAAAUAUUUUAUUGAUGUCCAUUACUGCUUUUAUUUAUUAAGGUUGGGUUUUGGAAGUGUAUAAGGGGGUAAAAGAACCAUCUAAAGUAUUGUAUUCCAUCCACUGACAAAAGUUUUAGAGUGACUUCUUCUAUAUAUAGUGAAUGUUAUUUGAAACAUGUUUUUUUUUUCAAAAAGAAAACAGAAGGAUUGUUAGCUUUAGAGGAGUAAAAAAAAUGAAUGCUA